AUGACUAGGACCGUUCUCGGUGCACUUCUUUGCAUUACUCUACUGUCCAGUAAUGUCCACUCUCAAACGCUCUGUCCGGAAACGCCCGCCUGUGAUGAGCAACAGAGCCAACAUCUCGAUGGUUCCUGUAACAACCUGCACAAUCCCGGCUGGGGAACAGCAAACCGACCGUACGCACGCUUCGUACCGGCCAACUAUGCUGACGGCAUUUGGGAACCGGCCCAUACUAGGACGGGAAAACCGCUACCGAACGCUCGCAAACUCUCAUUGAAUCUUUUCGGUGAAACGGAAAUGGAGCAUCCAAGCAAUACGCUGGUUAGUAUGCAGUUCGGACAGUUCAUCGCACACGACCUGAGCUUUACGGCGGACGCUGGUGGCAUUCGGUGCUGUGCCGAGGGAAGAAUGGUCCCGAGAGAACUUGCCUCCUCGAGAUGUUUACCCAUCGAAGUGGCUAAGGAUGAUCCCGUUCUCGGAAUGGAAGGCAUCGAGUGCAUGAACUUGGUACGCACCAAAACCACACUGGAGGAUCCGUGUGCGCCGCAGGAAGGAGAGGCAGCUGAGCAACUGUCCUCGGUCACCGCUUAUCUGGAUCUUUCGGUCGUGUAUGGGAACUCGCUGGAACAGUGCAACAGUUUGCGUACCUUUGAGAAAGGACAGCUGGGAGUUGAGCAGCGAAAUGGCAAACAGUGGCUUCCGGCACAUCCGAACCGAACUACAACUUGUAACGUGAAUGAUGAUUCCGAAUCGUGCUAUCUCACCGGAGAUGUUCGGUCGAAUCAAAGUCCGCAUCUAACGUUGCUGCAUCAGGCGUUCGUGUUGGAGCAUAACCGAUUGGCAAGAGAGUUGGCUGAGCUGAACCCGGACUGGGAUGAUGGUGUGCUGUUUCAGCAGGCACGCAAGCUCAAUAUAGCACAGUAUCAAAAGAUCGUGUACUACGAAUGGUUACCAAUAUACUUGGGACGGCAAAACAUGCUGCAGGCCGGUGUACUCCCUGAGCUGGAUGUAAGGAACUUUGCUCGUGAUUACAAUCACACCGUCGAUCCCACUGUGGAUAAUGCUUUCGCGACGGCUGCAUUCCGUUACUUCCACAAUCUAAUCGCGGGUCAUUUGGACUUAGUAGCAGAAUCACAACAACCCACAGGAUCGAUACGUCUCUCCGACUGGUUUAACAAUCCCUCGGUGCUGGAGGUGGACGAAAACUACGAGUCACUUUCGCGCGGAAUGAUCCAUCAACCGCACGAUUGCCCCAACAAUCAUUUCACACCGGAGGUUAAGCACUAUCUCUUCCGACACGGCGGCAGAGUUGGUGUGGACCUAAAAGCCAUCGACAUCCAGCGUGCGCGAGAUCAUGGGCUUGCGUCCUACAAUGAUUAUCGCGAGUUUUGUGGAUUGCCGAGAGUUACGAGCUGGGAAGAGUUUACUGAUCUGCUAAUGCCUGAAUCGGCCAGCCUUCUCGCACAACUGUACGAAUCCGUGGAUGACGUGGAGUUGACCGUUGCAGGUGCCUUGGAACGUCACUUCGGGGAUGGAAUGGUCGGACAAACGUUCGAAUGCAUCUUGCUGGAUCAGUUCCGGAGGAGUCGGGUUGGUGAUAGGUUUUUCUUUGAAAAUAGCGGUACAUUUACUGCACGGCAACUGUUUGAAGUUCGCAAGGCAACCAUGGCAAGGGUGCUGUGUGACAAUACACAUGGGCUUCGGGAGAUUCAAGAGCAAGCGUUCUUCCUUGUAAGUGAAGAAAAUCCCGUCGUUUCGUGCGAGAAGCUUCCGGUGGUGAAUUUAAGCCGUUGGUCUUAAAGUU